AUGUUAUUCUACAUUGCUGGGUUGGCUAUCACCUCUUUUAUGACGUACAAGUCCGAUAAAAACAAGCGUGAGGCACGAGCUGUGUUUAAUGAGACAGUAGCUACCAUAGAGAGAUGGGAACGCAAAAAUCAAGCUGAGCGUGCAGUGCUCCUUCAGCGUUUCGAAGCUCUCGAAGACCAACUCCAAGAACGGGCUAACCAAUCGGUUCUAUCUGAACUGGGAAGUAUCUGUGGAUCGGCAUUUGGCCGCUCCCGGGACAGGUGA